AUGAGGGAGCAUUUGGACGGUGACUGCGGCGACGGCGCUGAUGAUUUUAAUCCUGUCAGGCUUCUCUCUGCAGCUCUGCUAGGUCCUGCAAGGAUACAGCAAGUGCAAAGGUACGAGCUCUUUCAUGACUGCGUUGUCUUCUUUGCAGAUGUCUCUCCCGUUGUGGCAGGCCUCAUUGGUGCUACUGUCCUUGUGGUGUCUGUCUCGGUAACAGUUUUUGUGUGGACAUGCUGUCAUCAGCAGGCAGAAAAAAAGCACAAAACUCCACCGUACAAAUUUAUUCACAUGCUGAAAGGCAUCAGUAUCUACCCAGAGACCUUGAGCAACAAGAAGAAAAUUAACCGAAUCCGGAGAGACAAGAAUGGCACUCCCAAGGAGCCUGGAAGGGGAAACCUUUUGGUGGAUGCCGCUGAAUCCGGUUUAAUAGGCUCCGAUAAGACCCCUGAUGGGCCAAAUGCAGCCCCCCACGUUGAUCAGCUCCCAAUAAAAGUAGAUUAUGGAGAUGAACUAAGUCCAGAUCAAAGCCUCACUCCAGGAGGGAGUAAAACCUCCUCGCCAUCUUCUCCGGGGGACGAUGUCAUGUUGGGCGAACUGACGUUCUCAGUGGACUACAACUUCCCUAAAAAAGCACUGGUGGUCACCAUUCAGGAGGCCCACGGGCUGCCGGUGAUGGAUGAGCAUACUCAGAGCUCUGACCCUUACAUCAAGAUGACAAUUCUUCCAGAUAAAAGGCAUCGAGUGAAGACUCGUGUCCUGCGCAAGACUCUCGAGCCCGUCUUCGAUGAAACCUUCACCUUCUACGGGAUCCCCUACAGCCAGCUGCAGGACUUGGUGCUGCACUUCCUCGUGCUGAGUUUCGAUCGCUUCUCCCGAGAUGACGUUAUCGGCGAAGUCAUGGUGCCCCUUGCAGGGGUGGACCCUAGCACUGGAAAAGUUCAGCUCACCAGAGAGAUCCUCAAAAGGAACAUCCAGAAGUGCAUUAGCAGAGGAGAGCUGCAAGUCUCCCUGUCGUAUCAGCCCGUGGCGCAGAGAAUGACUGUGGUGGUGCUGAAAGCCAGACACUUGCCAAAGAUGGAUAUCACUGGCCUCUCAGAUCCCUACGUUAAGGUGAACGUUUAUUACGGGAGAAAGCGUAUAGCGAAAAAGAAGACUCACGUGAAGAAGUGCACUUUGAACCCCGUCUUCAACGAAUCCUUCAUCUACGACAUUCCCGUCGAUCUCCUUCCUGACAUCAGCAUCGAGUUCCUUGUGAUCGACUUUGACCGCACCACCAAAAACGAGGUAGUGGGACGGCUCAUCCUGGGCGCACACAGCAUCACCGCGGGUGGUGUCGAACACUGGCGAGAGGUGUGCGACAACCCCAGGAAGCCGGUUGCCAAGUGGCACAGCCUGAGCGAGUACUAGCAGGAGUACUAGCAGUACUCCUAGGACAGACUUCACCCUUGUUCUAGCUGUAGGAACUCAACUCUGGUAACAAGCAGCCGAUUGGGUCUCUAGUGAUGUGAUUUUUGCAGGGCACUAAAAUUCUAAAGAGCAUUAAAUUAAAAAGAAACCACAGAUAUAUAUAACAGUGUACUCACGCUAUUGCAUGCCUAAUACAAACUGAAAUUAGUAUAACUACAAUAUCAAGUUGCAGAUUUUAAUACAAUUAUCUGUCACUAUGGAAGUUGUGUUUGUGCCGAACUGUCUUUGCUGGUAUUCACCAAAAUUGGCCUCUCUUUAUUAGGCUUCUUCCAAGGUUUCUGAAUUCUGCUGUUUAACCUCUAGUUUCUUGCUAGUUUGCCUGCCCAUUGGUUCUUGCAGCUCUUUUCUUUGCUGGCUUGGGAGUUACCAACUGCGUUUCCAUACAAAGAUGGUCUAGAUUUCUGCACGAGUACAAAAGGAAAAUGCAAAAGGGGAAAAUGAUUCCUCCUGUCAAAGACAAAAAUAAUUUUGUAGUCUGCUACUAAAAUAUUUCCAUUUGGGAUAUACUUCUUGUGGAGCUAUAAAGUCAAAACAUAAAAGAUUUGCAUCUAAAAUCAAAACACWGCCAACCCGAUCACUUUGCUUUUGCCACCUGGAAAUUAGCACAGGCCUCUCUUCCUCCAUAUCUCUCUGGUGUUGCAGUCAACCCUGCCUGUGCACAAAGGGCUCAAGAAAAAACAAGUUACCAUAUGUCAUUAAUUGUAAAGGAAGCUCCUGCUUGUUCUUUCAACCGUUAGAUUUGCAAUUCUGCACAAUUGCUAAAUUAUACUGGCAUCCCAUAUCUGACCUGCGAAAGUAGCUGGGGGAGAGCAGUUGGAAGUGCCAAGGGGCACGUGCUUUUCUUCAUUCAUACUUGAGUCAAUUUGUAUUAUAUAUGAUCUUGUAGUUGUGGAAGAGCCAGCUUGCAGUAUGAGGAAAUACAAGGCAACGUUUGGUCCAUCAAACUCCUCCAGAAGUUUCUUUUUAGAAUUUCAAAGCAGCCUGAGAUAGCUCUUAAGUAGCGGAUAUGACUUUUGAGAAGGACAACGUGCUUUCUGUCACCUUUGAAACGUAAAAAAUCACCUUUGAAACGUAAAAAGUGUCACUUGAUAAAUGUGACUUGUAGCACUUCAGGCUAUUAACCCUGAACAGGCACUAGGUUUGAACAGAAGUUCAUAGAGAGAAGUUCUGCAAACACACGGUGAAGUUUGGAAGUAGUUGCAUUAGGUCUUGCUGUUAAAACACUAACCUAAGGACUUCUUUUUUGUACAAGACAGUAAUAUCUUGGCAAGUAAUUUCAUUUGGGUGCCUAUUGCAUUCAGAUCAGAAAAAGAUAAGAGGAUGAUACAUGGCAGCAAAUAACUAAUUAUAAACGUUGUUGGCAAGCUGAGCAUAAAUAGUUACAACAAGCUGUAGAAAUUCAAAUUAUUUUUGAACACUACAAUGGAAACUGAAAGCAGAACUGAGCUUGCAAAGAGGCAUGUGUAAUCCUGCAAGUUUCCAGUACACGUUUAGUUGCUUCCAGACAGGCAGUUCUGUGUCCUGGGGACUGUAAAUAAUGCACUAUAAUUGCAAAUUUUUAAGAUCAUUUAACUAUUUACAGGACCCGACUACUGAAUUUUAGAGCCCUGUUGGAAAAAAAAAGAUCCUUUCCGCUUUCUUACUAACAAAACUAGACUAAUUGAUCAAGUCUUACUUAGUUUUUUCUCCAACCACAAUGUAAAGCAGCUGCUCCUGGGAGGGCUCUUCACGCAAACAGCACUUAGGAGCAUUUUGGCAUCUCUUCCGAAGAAAUUAUUUUGGGCAAGUUGARUUUUCGCACUUCUAGCUCGUGACUCACUGGAGCUUCAAGGCAGAGGGCUGUUCUAGCAGCAGAAGUUGCCCUGGAGCUGGAGCCCUGCUCUGGUGCCCGUGUCCCUGCUGAUGGCACCGACUCCUUCCCGAGGCUGCGCCGGGUUUCUCGGGGUCCUAAACCCAGCGCAGCUCGCGCUGCAUUAACAGCUCUCACAGGUUCUCCCUCGCACGUGGCAGCGGUUGGCUUCCACGCCGAUUUUCACACCACGCGGUCUUGUUGCCGAAGUUCAGGCCCUGUCACUACUUUGCCCUCGGAACCCUGUUUUCUUACACCACUCCAAACAUUGGGAUAGAAAGCGCAAACAAACAAACAAACCAAGUUCCCUUUUUCCUAUAAUGUGAAAAGAGUGCUUAAGCCUACAUGGUCUCCUUAAGAUUCCUUUAGUUUAAAAGGAAAGAUGAACUUCUUGUCAAGGAAACGUGCUCAGGGUAAAUAGACUUAGGCUAUCGGGCGGACGCGAGUCUUUCCACCACUCUUCUGGAAUAACGGGAAACGGAAGAAGUGCAGAUUUUUCAUGUAAAAUAGUAAGUGACAGCGAACUCACUGUAAAAUCUCCCA